GGGUCCAUCGCGCUCCUCGGGCAGGUGAGGCGAAUGAGGAUUUUUGAUUUUGACGAGGAUCGGAAGAGAGAGAAUGAGAGUGGGCGAAAGGAUUGCGAGUGGGGAUUAGAGGGACAGCUGUUAAUAGAACAUAUGACGCAAGCUCAGUCGGGAUUCUGGCUUGACUGGGAGUGUGUACAUAGUGCGGUUUAGAGAUAGAAUAGAGAAGAGAGAGCUAGCGAGAGGGAGAAGCGCGAGUCCGGGAGCUAGAAGUGACGCCGGUGUAUUGAUCGGGGCUUGCGCUCUGGAUGCUCGGAAAGGUAGAGUAGCAGUGAGGAAGCAGCAGAUUGAGAGAAGGUCUUCUCUCAGUGAUAGCCAGACCCUGGACAAAGAAGAAGAGAAAAUAUGACUGCCGUAUCCGCGUGCACGCGUUUCAGCGACAACUACGACCUGAAGGAAGAACUCGGAAAGGGUGCUUUCUCCGUAGUUCGCCGCUGCGUGCAAAAGUGCACAGGCUGUGAGUUUGCGGCGAAAAUAAUUAACACGAAAAAACUUUCAGCGCGAGAUGAAGAAAUCAAGUUAAAUGAACUUCUCAGGUAUUACCCUAGAAAAGGUCUUUGGACCCUUCAGGAAAGCAGUAAAUUCAUAAUCUACUUUCAGAAGCUUGAAAGAGAAGCAAGGAUAUGCAGAAAAUUGCAACAUCCAAAUAUUGUUAGACUGCAUGACAGUAUUCAGGAAGAGAAUUUCCAUUACCUCGUGUUUGACCUAGUUACUGGAGGGGAAUUAUUUGAGGAUAUUGUAGCUAGAGAAUUUUACUCAGAGGCUGAUGCAUCACACUGCAUUCAGCAGAUUUUAGAAAGUGUUAAUCACUGCCAUCAAAAUGGAGUAGUUCAUAGAGAUCUAAAGCCUGAAAAUUUACUAUUAGCAAGUAAAGCAAAAGGUGCAGCAGUCAAGUUAGCUGAUUUUGGUUUAGCAAUUGAAGUCACAGGAGAACAACAAGCAUGGUUUGGAUUUGCUGGAACUCCAGGAUAUCUUUCACCAGAAGUACUUAAAAAGGAGCCGUACGGCAAACCAGUUGAUAUUUGGGCCUGUGGCGUUAUACUAUAUAUUUUACUUGUUGGUUAUCCUCCAUUUUGGGAUGAAGACCAACACAGACUGUAUGGACAAAUCAAAGCAGGAGCUUAUGAUUACCCCUCACCUGAAUGGGACACGGUGACACCCGAUGCAAAAAACCUAAUCAAUCAAAUGUUAACUGUUAACCCGACAAAGCGAAUAACAGCGUCUGAAGCACUAAAACAUCCAUGGAUAUGCCAACGAGAACGAGUUGCCUCAUUGGUGCAUAGACAAGAAACUGUAGACUGCUUGAAGAAAUUUAACGCUAGGCGUAAACUUAAGGGUGCAAUCCUUACGACGAUGUUAGCAACAAGAAAUUUCUCCAGUAAGUAUGAUACUGAUGGUCGAAGUAUAAUAACAAAAAAAGGCGACGGAUCUCAAGUGAAAGAAUCAACUGACAGUAGUACAACACUAGAGGACGACGAUGUCAAAGAGGACAAGGUAAAAGGCGGAGUGGAUCGUAGUUCAACAGUCAUAGCUAAAGACCCCGAAGGUAGCGGCACACCUCCACCUUCACCUGCAACAAUCCUUGCGACCACUUCUAGGUCACCGAGCUUUCCUUCCUUAGCAAACAACUCCAAGACUUCGCCCAACAUCAGUUCUGUUCUCUUCCACUCACUGCAAGCUAAGAAGCAAGAAGUGAUAAAAAUUACGGAACAACUCCUUGAAGCUAUCAACACAGGAGAUCAAGAGACAUAUACAAAAAUAUGUGAUCCUCAUCUGACUGCGUUUGAGCCUGAAGCACUGGGAAAUCUUGUUGAAGGAAUGGAAUUCCACAAAUUUUAUUUUGAUCAUGGUAAAAUGGUUGGAAAAAAUUGCAAAGGUAUUAACACAACAAUACUUAACCCAAAUGUACACCUCCUUGGUGAGGAAGCAGCCUGUAUUGCCUACGUGAGAUUAACCCAAUACAUUGAUAAGCAAGGAGUAGCUCAUAGUUGUCAGUAUGAAGAAACACGAGUUUGGCAUAAAAAAGACAACAAAUGGCAAAAUGUACACUUCCAUAGGUCUACUAAUUCACCACCAUAUUCCUUCCCCCCACCGCCUGCACAAAAGUAGUUUAUGUUAUAAACAAAUGAAAAUGAAAAAUUGAUGAAUUAACACCCUCUACAAUGAAUAAUAUUACAAAAAA